AUGGUGUCGGCACGGCUUGUAGAUUUUCCCGACUCACCGGAAGAUCGAAACAUGGGUCCAAUUCCGGAUAUGAUGUUUGCCGCCGGGGAGGAACCAGUAGGGGUUCGUGUUCUUACGUAUCACUCAUCAAGUGCCCUAAAGAGGAUUUUUAAUGCGUUAGACGAGGAGGAAGUUGAUAUUAUUAGGAGAUCUUCUUUUGGGAAAUUGAUAGAUAUAGCAGAUAAGCCGGUUUUUUCUGGUCGAUUUGCUAGGUAUUUGUUAUCAAGACAGCUGAAAACGAAGAAGAAGCACGAAAUCUGGUUCCGAUUUGCUGGCAAACCGGUUAGAUUUUCUCUUACAGAGUUUGCUAAUGUCACGGGACUACCUUGCGGUAAAUAUCCUCGGAAGUCGAAGAUGAAGCUUAAGAAGACAAUAUCAGAGAAACCGUAUUGGCCAUCUUUAUUUGGGAAAGUUGAGGUUGUGACAGUUUCUUCAGUCAUUAAAAUGCUUUACCGUAAAACUGUGAAGGACAAGGAAAUCCGGAUAAAAUAUGCUUGUUUGGCGCUUCUGGAAUCUGUUCUGCUUCCAACAAGCCUUAAGAUGAAGAUAGCGAGAGAGCAUGUUGAAGCCAUUGAAGAUCUUGAAGAAUUUUUCUCUUAUCCAUGGGGGAGACUUGCUUUUGAAAUGCUAAUGGGUAGUAUUAAAGAGCGAGAUGAGGUAGCUUUGUCUCAAAACACGAUAGCGGUAAAAGGAUUUGCGCUCGCCCUCCAGCUUGUAUUGGUAGAAGCAGUUCCUUCAUUGACCGAGGUUGUGGAAGAGAUAUGUUCAUCAUCGGAAUCAGAUAGUGAUGAAAUAGAUGGAAACGGCCGUGAUAUAUUUACGAAGAAAAAAACUCUUAACCCCGCACACGCGAGAAAUGUGGACAAGCGAUGCAUUGCCCAUGUUAAUUCGCUUAUAAAUGGGGAUAGCAGUCGGUCAAUUGACGAAGCCAAUUUAGGAUGGUCUGACGAAGAGGAAGAUUCGAAAGUUGACAACCUUGUAGCGCGCAUCAACGCAAAUCAUCAGUUUACAUCUUCUUUAUUUCGAGGUGGGCUUACGCAGACGGAUGUGGAGCGGAUGCGACAGUCAUGUAAAUCGACAUCAAAGUCAAGGAAAGCAACAUAUGUUCACCCACAUGGUCAAAACAUUGAAGCCGGUAAUAUCGUUGGCCUUGUGAUGGACAAAAUCAAACCUCAGUUAGCUUACAUGGAGAAUAAGAUCAACUUAUCAGGUGGAAGGGUUGAUGGAAUGGAAGGAAAAGUUGUUUUGCAAGUCAAGGAGAUGUUACUUAACUUCAAAGAUGAGAUGAUACUAUCAGUUACUGAAAAGGUUCGUGCAAUGAUUAAGGAAGAGGGGUCCGUUCAUCGUCGCGCUUCUCACAUGACAACGGCACCUCCGAUAGAAGUACCCAGUCCAGCUACGGUUAUAGCUGGUGUAGAUGAUGCCAAUGCAAUUACUAUUAAUAAUGUGCUUCGAAACUUAAGCGAGUACUCUACACCGCCUCGAUCAAAUCGUGUGAGCCAGGACGAGAAUAAAACCCCAUCAAAGAAAGACCCUAUUGCUCCCGGAUUUGUUGGUGGUAGUCUGGAAACAGAGACAUGUGCACAAUCAGCCAAUAGCCAGAAUCGUGGACGUCAGAAUGCGUUUCAAACAAGUUUGGAGCGUAAUAAGAGGCAACGAGAAGACCCGACUGGUGAACCCUCGUUCUCCCUUGGUUUAACUCAGGAAGAGCAGAUUCCGGGGGAAGAACAUAUUUUCGUGGCAGACGUUCCUGAACGGGAUUGUAUUUCUCUCAGUAAAGUUGAUGACAACAUUGAAGAAGGUCAAGUAUCACGGAAAAGUAAGAGGCAGAAAACGGUUCCUUCCAAUCUUGUUGACGAUUAUCAUUGUGGUCAUCACAUUAUGUCACGAGUUCGAGAAGCACAGAAGCACAUAUUUGUAAUUGAUGAUCAAUCUGACAUUACAAGGAAGUAUGCUCAGCUGUCUGUUAAAUUGAGGGAUAAGUUCGUUAUUAAUGUUGCUGGAGUUGCCGUUUAUGGAAAUGACAUUCAACUUAUUCUUCAGAGGCCACGUCUUAUGUCGGCAAAGGUUAUGGAUAUUCUUAUCCGAGUUGCACGUGUUGCGGUCUGUCCUCACCUCCCUCCAGAAGGUCCCCGUAGUGCUGCCUUUCUUGAUACGAAAUUUGUCAGUUCGAUAAACAAGACGUUUCCGAAGUUUCUUAAGAGUCGAAAUAAAGAGGCAUAUAUGUUUCCGAAAGGGUUGAAGGAUAUUUUUCCUUCUAAAGAUGAUCCCAAGGUUCACCCAAUAAGGUACUACUUUCCAUUCAAUGUGGGGAAGAAACAUUGGGUUGGGAUUUGUUUUGAUGCUCGUACUGGGGUUCUUACUGUUCUGGAUUGCAAUGUGACACUGCACAAGGAUAGUUCCAUCGAGAAGUAUAUCAACUCCAUUUUGCAAAUGUUACCAUAUCUUGCUAGAUAUGUUGGUGAAAUCGUUGGAACGGAACCCGUUAUUCAGUGUUAUGAUGUUGCAAGGCCUAAAUCUGUUGCACAGAAUAAAAAUCCAGCUGAUUCGGGAUUAAUGGCAAUGCUGUUAAUGGCCACACAUGCAAUCUAUGGCCUUGAAGCGUGUAAAAGUCUAACUCAUGAAAUGGUCGAAGAAGAAGGAAGGAGGGCUGCCAUUUUGGCUUAUGAGUUUAAGGAGAAGCUGUAG